CGAGACAUGAAUAUAUGCAACAACUCUAGAAUCAUUUGGCUAUACCUGUUUGUCCAAUAGCACUGUCAAUUUCCUACAUUAAACAACAACAACAGCAACAACAACAACAACAUCAUCAUCAUUAUCAGCAACAAUAAUGGCUAAAAUAAUACAACUGGUUCCAGUUUUGACAAUGUUAAUUGUUCUAUCAGGCGUUGAAUGCUCAUCACCAGUAUCAGCACAUGACAAUGCUGUUAUUCAAUUGGCAAAAUCAAUAAAAAGUAUUGAGCUAUUAUUACGAGAAUCAAAUAGUCAUUUAAAAAAAAUGGCAUCACGUGUGAGUGAAGGAGCAGAUAGAAGUGGAAUGGAUCAAACAAUAUUAAGAACAGCUAGACCAGUUGCAUCAGGUGCUAGAUCAGCCUCAGGUUAUAGAACUGUAUAUAGAUCAAAAUUAGAAAGAAUUGAUGAUUCACAAGCAAAAUUAGCUGAUGAUACAAAAUCAACAGCAUCAUCAAGAGUUAAACGACCAGCAUCAAAUGAUAAUGAUUCAAGUAAAACAAUUGAUCAAAUAAAACAAGAACGAGGUCACAAAGGUGAUGAUGUACUUGCAGCAAUAAAUACAAUGAUCAAAAGAAGAUAUAAUGAUAAUAAUAUCAAUACAAAUACUAAUAUAAAUACUAAUGAAGAGCGAAGAGAUGAUAAUACAACAGAAAAUAAUGACAAUAAUGACAGUAAUGGUAAACGUGAUAGAAAAUAUUGAAAAAAAAAAAACAAAAUUAACGGCAAAGUAUAUGUUUCAUUGAAGUAGAUUUAAUAAAUAAAUAAUUAAUGAGAAAAUCGAUUGAAUAAUUAUUUUGUUUUGUUAUAAUUAUCAACACCUAUUGUAAAUUAAUUGAUAAUCGACAAGCCUAACUUUUAUCAAUUAUUUAUAUUCAAACUAUUGUAUUAUAUCAAUAUGAAUAAUUUUCAUUAUAAAAAAAAAAACGUAUAUAUAAUAGUUGAAAAUUAUGUUUGUUAAUUUUAGUUGGAUUUAAUUUUUUAAUAAUGUUUAAAGUAAAUGUGCUUAUUCUAUUUGUUACUGCACUAUUUUGUGCAUUG